AUGGAGUCUUCUCGCGCAAACUCGGGCCAGUCAGCUCCCCUCCUAUCUCAAGACCUACAGCCUAGUACUGCUGUUGGGUUCCAGCAGCAAGGCACAGUGGACUGGACCAGAAUAAUGAGCGGGAGCGUCACAUUCUCUGUCGACGUUCUAUCGCGAUUGUCAAAAGCAGGUAUCGAAGCCUUCACCAUCUAUGCUGCCAGGGCAAUCUUUUCCAACGUCAAGCUCGGUCCGAGUGGCGAAUUACGUCUUCACCGUGCCCUCGAUAAACUCAGUGCUUUCCCUUCUUUUGGAAAAGCACUAUGGCAGUGGAUCGCGCUGGUUGAGUCCUCGGGGGGACUGCUCGCCUCAUCGGAGUUCGGUCUGGUAUUACAUGGCUUGACUAAGCUCUGUCUCGGCGACGGCCAAUGCAAGCUGCAAGGCUCUGGGUCGCCCGAAGACAUCGCGCUAGUGUUGAAGCAAGUUUUCGAAGUCUCAGCGGAACGCCUUGAUCGUCUUUUCUUGUCUGGUGGCAUGGAUUGCGCUUGGAUCGCCGCAGUAGCCCAUUGGCUUCUGGACCUCCGAGUCGAGGUUCAGGAUCAGGACGGCACGAUUAUCUAUCGACCUGAUGGCACGCAAAAUAGAUACUCUCCGGAAGCUCAAGUUAUCAUAACUUACCACCUGGGGCAUUCGAGUGAAAUCCUUCAAGUUGACCGCAGACACUAUGUCAUUCCGAGCGGCAAAGCACUAUUCAAUCAUUUGCAAAAUCAGGAAAUCAUUUCAUAA